GGCCGGGCGGAGGAGAGGCCGCGCCGGGCGGAGGAGGAGGAUGCGCGGGCCGCGGCGGCGGAGCGGACCCCGCGCGCUCCCCGUGCUGCUCCUCGCGCUGCUCGCCGCGGGGCCCCGCGCGGCCGCCGCCUUCAACCUGGACCCGAGCCGCCCCGUGCGCUUCCAGGGCCCGCGGGGCUCCUUCUUCGGCUACGCCGUGCUGGAGCAUCUGCACGACGGCUCGCGCUGGGUCCUCGUGGGUGCCCCGAAGGCCGAUUCCAAGUACAGCACUUCCGUGGAGUCUCCUGGGGCAGUGUUUAAGUGCCGCAUUCACACCAACCCUGAGCGGAGAUGCACAGAGCUGGACAUGGCUCGAGGCAGGAUUCGGGGAGCCCCUUGUGGAAAGACAUGCCGGGAAGACCGGGACAAUGAGUGGAUGGGCGUGAGCCUGGCCCGGCAGCCCAAGGCGGACGGCUCUGUGCUGGCCUGUGCCCAUCGCUGGAAAAACAUCUAUUACGAGGCGGAUCACAUUCUGCCUCAUGGGUUCUGCUACCUGAUCCCCCCCAACCUGCAGGCCAAAGGCAGGGUGUUGAUCCCGUGCUACGAAGAAUAUAAGAAGAAGUACGGGGAAGAACAUGGCUCCUGCCAGGCUGGGAUUGCAGGCUUCUUCACCGAGGAGCUGGUGGUCAUGGGUGCUCCCGGGUCCUUUUACUGGGCUGGGACAGUCAAAGUUCUGAAUGUCACGGACAACACCUAUUUUAAACUGACUGACGAGGCGAUCAUGAGCAGGCGAUACACGUACCUGGGCUACGCCGUGGCUGCUGGACACUUUUCUCACCCGUCCGUCACCGACGUGGUGGGAGGAGCCCCCCAGGACGAAGGCAUCGGGAAGGUGUAUAUUUUUAGAGCUGACCGAAGGUCGGGCACCUUGAUCAAGAUUUUCCAGGCAUCCGGUAAAAAGAUGGGGUCGUACUUCGGGUCCUCUUUGUGCGCAGUGGACCUGAACGGCGAUGGCCUCUCCGAUCUGCUGGUGGGGGCCCCCAUGUUCUCCGAGGUCAGGGAUGAGGGACAGGUCACCGUGUACCUCAACCGAGGGAAUGCAGGUCUGGAGGAGCAGCUGGCCCUGGCUGGCGAUGGCGCCUACAACGCACACUUCGGGGAGAGCAUCGCCAACCUGGGCGAUCUGGAUGACGAUGGCUUCCCGGACGUGGCCAUUGGCGCCCCCAAAGAGGACGACUUUGCGGGGGCAGUCUACAUCUACCAUGGUGACGCCAGUGGGCUGGCCCCCCAGUACUCCAUGAAACUCUCUGGGCGGAAGAUAAACCCUGUUCUGAGGAUGUUUGGGCAGUCCAUAUCAGGAGGCGUUGAUAUGGACGGAAAUGGAUAUCCUGAUGUGACCGUGGGAGCCUUCAUGUCCGACAGCGUGGUUCUUCUAAGGGCCAGGCCUGUCAUUACCGUGGAUGCCUCCAUCUUCCUCCCUGAAUCCAUCAACAUCACAGCUCCACAGUGUCAUGAUGGCCAACAGCCUGUGACCUGCCUGAAUGUCACCACCUGCUUCCGGUUCCAUGGCAGACGUGUCCCGGGGGAAAUUGAACUGAAUUACGUCCUGACCGCUGACAUUGUCCAAAAGGAAAAGGGCCAGCCACCCAGAGUCUACCUUGUGCUGUCAGGAGAGUCUGCAGGCCAGGCGUUGGAGACCCUGCAUCUGACCUACCGAGAGGAGAUCUGUCGUGACUACGUGGCCCACGUCAAGCCCAGGGUGCGGGAUGUCAUCAGCCCCAUCGUGUUCGAGGCCGCCUACAGCCUGGGAGCCCACAGGGCUGGGGAGGAAGAGGAGGAGAGGGAGCUGCCGGCGCUGACUCCGGUGCUACGCUGGAAGAAGGGACAGAAGAUCGCCCAGAAGAACCAGACAGUCUUUGAAAGGAAUUGCCUGUCGGAGGACUGUGCAGCUGACCUGCAGCUUCGGGGCAAGCUGUUGCUUUCCAGUGUGGAUGAUAUGACCCCCUAUCUAGCUCUGGGAGCAGUGAAGAAUAUCUCCGUCAACAUCUCCAUCUCCAACCUGGGAGAUGAUGCUUACGACGCCAACGUGUCUUUCAAUGUCUCCCGGGAGCUCUUCUUCAUCAACAUGUGGCAGAGGGAAGCCACCGGCACUUCCUGUGAGCUCCUGGCGUCUGACUUCCUCAAAUGCAGCGUGGGGUUUCCAUUCAUGAGGUCAAAGUCGAAGUAUGAAUUCAGCAUGAUCUUUGACACGAGCCAUCUGUCUGGGGAAGAGGAAGUUCUCCGCUUCAUUGUGACUGCACAGAGUGGGAAUGUGGAACGCACCGACGCCAUUCAUGACAACACCCUGGUACUGACGGUGCCCCUGCUGCAUGAAGUGGACACAUCGAUGACUGGAAUUGUGUCUCCCACGUCCUUCGUGUAUGGAGAGUCUGUGGACACGUCCAACUUCGUUCAGCUGGGAGACCUGGACUGUCAUUUCCAGACUCUCAACAUCACCCUCCAGGUCUAUAAUUCCGGCCCGAGCGUCCUCCCGGGCUCCUCUGUCAGCAUCUCCUUGCCCAACCGUCUGUCCCCCGGCGGGGCAGAGGUAUUUCAAGUCCAGGAUGUGGUGGUGGCCCAGGAGAAGGGAACCUGUUCCUUCCAGAGGAACCCGAGCCCCUGUGUCACCCCUCAGGAACAGGAGAGCAUCUUCCACACCAUCUUUGCCUUCUUCGCCAAGUCUGGGAGAAAAGUGUUGGACUGUGAAAAGCCGGGGAUUUCUUGCCUCACGAUGCAUUGCAACCUGAGUGCCCUCGCCCGGGAAGAAGGCCGCGCGAUAGAGAUCUACACGCUUCUGAACACGGAAAUCCUGAAAAAGGAUAGUUCCUCCGUCAUCCAGUUCAUGGCUCGAGCUCGCGUGAAAGUGGAGCCCUCCUUACGGGUGGUGGAAAUCGCCCACGGCAACCCGGAAGAAAUGAUGGUCGUCUUCGAGGCCCUGCACAACCUGGAGCCGCGGGGCUACGUGGUGGGCUGGAUCAUCGCCAUCAGCUUGCUGGCCGGCGUCCUCAUUUUCCUGCUGCUGGCUGUGCUGCUCUGGAAGCUGGGCUUCUUUCGCCGAAGGUACAAAGAAAUCAUCGAAGCGGAGAAGAACCGGAAAGAAAACGAAGAUGGCUGGGACUGGGCGCAGAAGAACCAGUGACCUGCCUGGUGUCCUCUGUCACAUGAUGGGCGGUCACCCGCCUCUGGCCCUUCAUCGUUUGUAUCUUCCAUAUUUGGAAGAAAAGGAAAUCUUCUCCAGAUUUUUCGGAGGCCCCACUGAUGCUGUGUUUUUUUCUCCUCCUCCUCCUCCUCCUCCUCCUCCUCCUCCUCCUCCUCCUCCUCCUCCUCCUCCUCCUCC